AUGAAUUAAGAAAAAAAGUCCUUCUUUGAUUUUACCUCUCCUUUUGAGUUGAAAAGGCCUAUUGAAAUAUUUUCAAAAUCCUUAAAGGAUCAAUUUUAUAUUCUCAAAAAUGAUAAGUUUAAGUUAAAGACUCUAGUACUUCAACGAAAUUACUUGAUCAAAUUUAGUUCUAAGGUAUAAUCUAUUUUAAUAUUUCAAAGAAAUCGAACCAAAAAUAUUACAAUAUUACAAAUGCUUUACUUGAAUUAGUGAAUCAUACUCAAUUAGGAACAGGAAUUUCAAUAACUAAAAACGGAGCAAAUUUUACAUUUUAUGGAAUUGUUGACCAUUGGUACUCUUAUAUGAAAAAAUGGUGUAUAUAACCAAACUUUUAGAAAGAGUACUGCAUGAUUAAACUAGUUGGAAAGGGCAGUUUUGCUAAGGUAAAAGGAAAAUUGAUCUUUUAGGUUUAUAAAAUUUAAAGUUUAAGUGAUAAAAAAGAAUUUGCUGUGAAGUUAUUUGAUAAAACCACUUUUAAAACACAAGAUAGACCAGCUUUACUUAAAGAGAUUGAAUUAAUGAGAAUAAUGAAUAAUAAAAAUGUUGUUUCAAUUCUUGAGACAUAUGAAAACGAACAAUAUAUAUUUAUUGUAUAAGAAUUAUUCAAUGGAGGAGAGCUUCAUUAAGAAUUGAAAAAGACUCGAACUUUUUCAGAAUAUGGAGCUUUCAUUAUUAUUUAAUAAGUGAUUGAAGCUUUACAAUAUAUACAUUCUCAUGGUAUAAUUCAUAGAGACAUAAAACCUGAAAAUAUCAUUUUGAGAGAGUAAGGAAUGAUAGAAUAGGUAGUGUUAGCUGAUUUUGGAUUGGCUGAUUAUUUUAGAAAGGAUUGUAAAUAUAUGUUUACUAGAUGUGGUACUCCUGGAUUUGUAGCACCAGAAUUAUUGCAAGAUAAAAUUUAUGAUUAUAAAGUUGAUAUAUAUAGUUGUGGAAUACUUUUCUAUUAUUUGUUAGUAGGCAAAGGACCAUUUGAUUCAAAUAAUUAUGAUUAGACAGUUAUGGCAAAUUUUAAUGGAUGGGUAGACUUAACAAAAUUACAAUUUUCAAUUGAAUGUCUUGAAUUAUUAAGAGGAAUGCUAGACCCAAACCCUAUCAAAAGAUAUUCAAUAGAUCAAAUUAAAUAAAGUUAAUUCUUUAGAAAACAUUAAACAGUUUUCUAAUAAUAUGGAAGUUAGAGCAGUUUAGGCAGUAUACCAUCUUAAGGGGACUCAAGAACAACUUCACCAUUAUAAAGUCCAAAAUAAGAGGCUAAAUCCCCUAAUGAUUAUAAGAGUAGAUUUGUAAAUCCAUAUGCCUCACCUCUGUAAUCACCAACUAGAUAAAAUGCUCCAAGUUUCUCUCCUUUAUAAGGUCCAUUUGGGAAGACUUAAAAUUUACAAAGAAUACCAAUACAAAUAUGA